UUGUUUGCCAACCGCCAAUAAACAACACAAGAAGAAGGUCGUAGUUUUAAUGGGUUAUAAAGCUGUAAACCAUCAUUAUGUCUGCUCCAACGAAGGGAGACUUGUCUCCGAGCGAAAAGGAGUUGUUUCAGGUUAUUUCUGCAGGGAACGUUCAGGAAGCUUCCAGGCUGCUGGGCUGUAAGGAUGUUCGAGUUAACUGUCUGGAUGAGUACGGGAUGACACCUCUCAUGCACGCUGCCUACAAAGGGAAAGCAGACAUGUGCAAGUUGCUCCUCCAACACGGAGCAGACGUAAACUGUAACCAACAUGAACAUGGAUACACGGCGCUCAUGUUUGCUGGCUUGUCAGGAAAGACUGACAUCACCUGGAUGAUGUUGGAUGCUGGGGCAGAAACUGAUGUGACCAAUUCUGUUGGACGGACCGCCGCUCAGAUGGCAGCUUUUGUUGGUCAGCAUGACUGCGUCACUGUAAUCAACAACUACUUUUCUCGAGCCAGACUGGAUUACUACACUAAGCUGCAGGGUUUGGAGAAGGAACCAAAGCUGCCAGCCAAACUGGCUGGACCCCUCCACAAGAUCAUCAUGAGCACCAACCUGAACCCUGUUAAAGUGGUGAUGCUUGUGAAGGAAAACCCGUUGCUUGCAGAGGUGGAGGCUCUGGACAAAUGUAGAAGAGUGAUGGAGCUCAUCUGUGAAAAGUGCAUCAAGCAGCAGGACAUGAACGAGGUUCUGGCGAUGAAGAUGCACUACAUCAGCUGUGUGCUGGGAAAGUGUGCCUCCUUCCUGAAGGACCGCGAGGACAAGCUGGAUGGUCUCAUAAAGAGUUUGCUGAAGGGUCGGGACAGCGACGGUUUCCCAGUCUUUCAGGAAAAGUUCAUCCGAGAGUGCAUCCGCAAGUUCCCGUACUGCGACGCCACGCUGCUGCAGCAGCUGGUGCGGAGUAUUGCUCCUGUGGACAUUGGCAACGACCCCACAGCCCUGUCAGUGCUGACUCAGGCCAUCACGGGUCAGGUUGGCUUCAUGGACACCGAGUUCUGCACCGCCUGUGGAGAAAAGGGAGCUGAGAAAAGAUGCUCCAUCUGUAAAAUGGUUAUCUACUGUGGCCAAGUGUGCCAGAAAAUGCACUGGUUCACCCACAAGAAAGUUUGCAAGAAACUCCAAGAGCAGCGAGAAAAGCAGGAGGCAGAAACUACCAAACUGAGGAUGAAGCAGAGCAAAGAGGAGAGUAAAGCUGCUCAGGAGGCUGCAGACAUCAUGCAGGAGCUCUCAGUAGAAACCAAGAGUGAGGAGAUGCCCUCAGACUUUGCUACAGAAACAUCAGACUCCACUUCCAUCAGAGCUACUGACAACUGAGGAACAUCCUAACAGCCUGAUUCCAGGCACCAUCUUCCCCAGGGCACAUCCACCCAGCGCAGACAGCAAGGAAAAGAGGCACAUCGACUGGAAACCAGAUAGCGACUGGUCCAGGAAGAGAAGAAAUACAAAAAUACAUCUAUCAACAUCUAAUAGACUGACACCAGAGACAGUACCGCACCCAUCACCUUUGUGUCAUUUGUGAAUGUAAAUCCUACACUUUCUGGUGUGUUUGUAGAAAUGUGGACGGACACAUGGAGUUCAGGUUCACAGUGAUGAUGCAACGUUAAUCUGCCUUAAGAAUCUGUAGCAAACUGUGAGAAAGACGUGACUGUGUCUGAUUUAUUUUUGCACUAAAAGUCCUACUUUGUUUGUGUCUGCCUAACCUUGGAACACCAACAUCUUGUGGACAGUUUGCCUGGUCCACACAAGGAAACAUGGGUUAUGUGGGUUAAUGGUUGGGUUUAGGCUUAAAGUAUGAAUUGAGUUUAUGUUAGGCUAUAGCAAUGAAUGGAAGUCAAUGCAAAGUCCCUAUAAGGAUAGGAAGUCACUACGUUGUGUGUGUGUGUGUGAGAGAGGCAAAGAUGCUUAGAGUUGACCAAAAAUCUAUGUUUUAGUGAACUAUUAAAUAAAAUGUUUAGGCAUUGUUGGACACUGCAAAAAAAAUGUGUCCAUUAAAAAUGUACUUCAUUU